UGAAUCUCGUAACUUACAACUGAGCGACAAAAUAGGUAGGGAGCUGGCCUCCGUGAAAGGUAAAUAAGUGGAAGCCCUGGCAAGUUCGACAUAAAAAUAACUUCAUUGUCAUUACGGUUAAAUCCGAUCGGACAACUGGACAAUGUUUGCCGAAUAAGAACCCAUCACGUCUGGUGUUUUGUCGUGUUGUUAUCGAGUUCCAGCAAGGUAAAAGCCACCGAGCUAGCUUGCUAGCUAGCCAGUCAGCUAACAUGUUUGUGCAGGAGGAAAAGAUAUUUGCUGGGAAGGUACUGAAGAUUCAUGUCUGUACCAUGGAAGGGACGGAAUGGCUGGAAGAGAUAACCGAGGAUACUACAGUUGAAAAACUCAAAGAGAAUUGCUUAAAACACAAUGCACACGGAAGCCUGGAGGACCCAAAGGCUGUGACACAGCACAAACUCAUCCAUGCUGCUUCAGAGAGAGUACUUACAGACACCAAAACCAUAGCAGAGGAAAAUAUCAAAGAUAAAGAUGUUUUACUGUUGGUCAGGAAGAGGCCCCCACCUCCCCCACCCAAAAUGGCAGACAUAUCGGGAGAAGAGAAGAAGAAGCAGGAGAACAAGGCUCCGGACAAAGAAGCUAUCCUGAAGGCCACUGCCGGCCUCUCCACCCGCGAAACCGACCGCACUGUCGCCCAGCACAACAUCCGAGAUUUUCAAACAGAACUCAGGAAGAUCCUUGUCUCACUUAUUGAAGUGGCACAGAAGUUGUUGGCUAUGAACCCUGAUGCAGUAGAACUAUUCAAGAAAGCCAAUGCCAUGCUGGAUGAGGAUGAAGAGGACAGAGUUGACGAGACGGCACUUCAUCAGCUGACUGAGAUGGGCUUCCCAGAGAGCCGGGCGAUCAAGGCACUGCGUCUGAACCACAUGUCCGUGACGCAGGCGAUGGAGUGGCUCAUCGAGCACGUGGACGACCCCACGGUAGACACCCCGCUGCCGGGCCAGGACGCCGCCGCCAUCGGAGCCGCCGCCGCAGCCCCCCCCGAGCCCUCCAUCGCCGCGGCAGCAGCUGCCGCCGCCGCCGCCGCCCCACCCCUGCUCCAGAGGCUCUCCUCCCAGUCCAGCACUGAGGACUCCAAGCCGGACGAGCUCAUUGAGAUCUUCAAGAGGAUUCGCAGAAAAAGGGAGUUCAGGCCAGACUCACGGGCGGUGAUUGCGCUAAUGGAGAUGGGCUUUGAUGAGAAGGAGGUGAUCGACGCCCUUCGUGUGAAUAACAACCAGCAGGAUGCCGCGUGUGACUGGCUCUUGGGAGACAGGAAGCCCUCCCCGGAGGACCUUGACAAGGGCAUCGACACCAACAGCCCCCUCUUCCAGGCAAUAUUAGAGAACCCUGUUGUACAGCUGGGCCUCACAAACCCCAAAACACUGCUAGCCUUUGAGGACAUGCUGGAGAACCCGCUGAACAGCACCCAGUGGAUGAAUGACCCUGAGACGGGUCCCGUCAUGCUCCAGAUCUCUAGAAUCUUCCAGACGCUUAACCGCACGUAGGGCCUGGCUACUCCGGGAGGAAGGGCCGAGCUGCUCUCUGCCUCACUUUGUGAGGGAGUGGUGUGUGUGACGACUGAUACCUCCAUUUGCCUUGCAGAACUGGGGCUCGCAGGAGGAGGAGUGUGUGUGUGAUGAGUAGUGGAAGUAGGACUGCUAGGGGUUCCACAAAGACUCUUGCUCUCGCGCUUGCUCGCAAUUCAUAUAUAUAUAUGUAUGUAUAUAUAUAAUGUAUUCAUAUAUAUAUGUAUAUAUACAUAUAUAUAUUAUAU